AUGGGAGACGGCGGAGUUGACGAGCUGUCGCAGCUCGAAUAUUUAUCUUUGGUGUCCAAGGUCUGCACUGAGCUCGACAACCACCUGGGAAUAAGUGACAAAGAUUUAGCUGAAUUUGUCAUCGACCUCGCUGAAAAGCAACCGACCUUCGAUGGAUUCAAAGCUCUUUUACUCCAAAACGGAGCCGAAUUCACAGAUUCCCUCGUCGGUAACUUGCUCAGGCUCAUUCAGACAAUGCGACCGCCAUCCAAGACAUCUGCGAGCAAAGUCUCUGAGGCUGUGGUCAAACCGAAAACUGAGAAGGAUAAGCUGAAGGAGUUGUUUCCUGCACUGUGUAGAGCAGAUGAUCCGGCCCCAAAGAAGCUAUUAGAUGAAGAUGACGUGAAGGUAGCAGCUGAUGCCAUGAAAGAGCUGGAGAUGUUUCUGCCCAGUGUCAGCGGGACAACCCCCAAAAGCAGCAAGAGCAGGUCAGAAAAGAGCCGACGCCAUAGCCGAAGUCGCAGCAGGAGCAGAGACAGACACAGAGACAGAGAUCGGGAUAAGGACAGGAAAAAACGGCACCGCUCCAGGUCCAGGUCUCGCUCCAGAGAUCGGGAUCGACAAAGAGAUGGCGACAGGGAUCGGGAUCGACAAAGAGAUGGCGACAGGGAUCGGGGCAAAAGAAGAGACAAAUCCUCCCGCUGGUCUGAGCGCUCGCCGAGUCCCAAAAAAGACCAAGACAGAGAUUCCGAUCGCUGGAAAGACAAAGCUGUGGAUCGCCCGCCGCCAGAAGAACCUUCUGUUGGCGACAUAUACAACGGCAAAGUCACCAGUAUCAUGCAGUUUGGAUGCUUUGUUCAGCUGGAGGGAUUGAGGAAACGAUGGGAGGGCCUGGUCCACAUCUCCGAGCUGCGCAGAGAGGGCCGCGUGGCUAACGUCGCUGAUGUUGUCAGCAAAGGCCAAAGAGUCAAGAUCAAGGUUCUCUCGUUCACCGGCUCCAAGACCAGCCUCAGUAUGAAGGAUGUGGAUCAGGAGACAGGAGAAGACCUGAACCCCAACAGGAGGAGGAACGUGGGCCCAGAUGGAGGGGAUGAGAUCACCAUGAGGAACCCCGACCGGCCGAGCAACCUCAACCUUGGCCACGCCCCCGAGCUGGAGCAGGACGAUACCCUGGAGCGCAAGAGGCUCACCAAGAUUUCUGACCCAGAGAAGUGGGAGAUCAAACAGAUGAUUGCUGCCAACGUCCUGUCGAAAGAAGAGUUCCCUGAUUUUGACGACGAGACAGGAAUCCUGCCUAAAGUAGAUGACGAAGAAGAUGAAGAUUUGGAAAUUGAGCUGGUUGAGGAGGAACCCCCGUUCCUGAGGGGACACACCAAACAAAGCAUGGACAUGAGCCCCGUCAAGAUUGUCAAGAAUCCAGAUGGUUCUCUGUCUCAAGCCGCCAUGAUGCAGAGCGCUCUGGCUAAAGAGAGACGAGAGCUGAAGCAGGCCGCACGAGAGGCCGAGAUGGACUCCAUCCCCAUGGGUCUGAAUAAACACUGGGUCGACCCGCUGCCGGACGUCGAUGGUCGUCAGAUCGCAGCUAACAUGAGAGGCAUCGGCAUGAUGCCCAAUGACAUCCCGGAGUGGAAGAAGCACGCUUUCGGAGGAAACAAAGCUUCUUACGGAAAGAAGACCGCAAUGUCCAUCCUGGAGCAGAGGGAGAGCCUCCCCAUCUACAAGCUGAAAGAGCAGCUCAUUCAGGCCGUUCACGACAAUCAGAUCCUGAUCGUCAUCGGAGAGACGGGCUCCGGUAAGACCACACAGAUCACUCAGUACCUGGCGGAGGCCGGCUACACCACCCGGGGGAAGAUCGGCUGCACGCAGCCCCGUCGAGUGGCCGCCAUGUCCGUGGCCAAGAGGGUGUCCGAGGAGUACGGGUGCUGUCUGGGUCAAGAGGUGGGUUACACCAUCCGUUUUGAGGACUGCACCAGCCCGGAGACGGUGAUCAAGUACAUGACAGACGGCAUGCUGCUGAGGGAGUGUCUGAUCGACUCUGAACUGGGCCAGUAUGCCAUCAUCAUGCUGGAUGAAGCUCACGAGAGGACGAUCCACACAGACGUUCUGUUCGGUUUGCUCAAGAAGACUGUGAUGAAACGCACGGACAUGAAGCUGAUCGUAACGUCGGCCACGCUGGACGCCGUGAAGUUCUCUCAAUAUUUCUACGAGGCGCCCAUCUUCACCAUCCCUGGAAGAACUUAUCCGGUGGAGGUUCUAUACACCAAAGAGCCUGAGACGGACUACCUGGACGCCAGCCUCAUCACAGUCAUGCAGAUUCACCUGACUGAGCCUCCAGGGGACGUGCUGGUGUUUCUGACGGGACAGGAGGAGAUUGACACCGCCUGUGAGAUCCUGUACGACAGGAUGAAGUCACUUGGGCCCGACGUUCCCGAGCUGAUCAUUCUGCCGGUUUACUCUGCGCUGCCCAGCGAGAUGCAGACCAGGAUCUUUGACCCGGCACCCCCGGGCAGCAGAAAGGUGGUCAUCGCCACAAACAUUGCAGAGACGUCUCUGACCAUCGAUGGAAUCUAUUACGUGGUGGAUCCCGGCUUUGUCAAGCAGAAAGUGUACAACUCAAAGACCGGCAUCGACCAGCUGGUGGUCACUCCCAUCUCGCAGGCGCAGGCCAAGCAGAGGGCGGGUCGUGCCGGCAGGACGGGCCCGGGGAAGACGUACCGGCUCUACACGGAGAGAGCCUACAGAGACGAGAUGCUGACCACCAACGUGCCCGAGAUCCAGAGGACCAACCUGGCCAGCACCGUGCUGUCGCUCAAGGCGAUGGGCAUCAAUGACCUCCUGUCCUUUGACUUCAUGGACGCUCCUCCCAUGGAGACGCUGAUCACGGCCAUGGAGCAGCUCUACACUCUGGGUGCUCUGGAUGAUGAAGGCUUACUCACCCGACUGGGGAGGAGGAUGGCGGAGUUCCCUCUGGAGCCCAUGUUGUGCAAGAUGUUGAUCAUGUCCGUCCAUCUGGGCUGCAGUGAAGAGAUGCUCACCAUUGUCUCCAUGUUGUCCGUGCAGAAUGUAUUCUACAGGCCCAAGGACAAGCAGGCCUUGGCUGACCAGAAGAAGGCCAAGUUUCACCAGCCGGAGGGGGACCACUUGACCCUGCUGGCGGUCUACAACUCCUGGAAGAACAACAAGUUCUCCAACCCCUGGUGUUAUGAGAACUUCAUCCAGGCGCGCUCCCUGCGCAGAGCCCAGGACAUCCGCAAGCAGAUGCUGGGAAUCAUGGACAGGCACAAACUGGAUGUGGUAUCUUGUGGUAAGGCGACCGUACGGGUCCAGAAAGCCAUCUGCAGCGGCUUCUUCAGGAACGCGGCCAAGAAGGAUCCUCAAGAGGGCUACCGCACCCUGAUAGACCAGCAAGUCGUGUACAUCCACCCCUCCAGCGCCCUGUUCAACCGACAGCCUGAGUGGGUCGUGUACCACGAGCUGGUGCUGACCACCAAGGAGUACAUGCGGGAGGUGACCACCAUCGACCCCCGCUGGCUGGUGGAGUUCUCCCCGGCCUUCUUCAAAGUGUCCGACCCCACGCGCCUCAGCAAGCAGAAGAAGCAGCAGCGCCUCGAGCCGCUGUACAACCGCUACGAAGAGCCCAACGCCUGGAGGAUCUCCCGCGCCUUCAGGCGCCGCUGAAGUGGUCCCGCGCCCCCUCCGGUGGGCGGCGUUUUCUGUCAUCAUCACUACUUCGAGCUUCACUUCUUUUAUUUGUACACAUUGUACAUCCCCCUCUCCCCAGAUGUUCCGACAUUAAACCGUUUAGGUCCGAAUUUUAGUGUCAGCAUUUUAUGAGACGUUAAACUAUUUUCGCAGCACUAAUACAGGAACAACAAAACCUUCCACGUGUGAAGUUUUAAAGUUAAUCUUCUUUGAGAAGAAGUGCAAAACAAUGGAAUAUUUAUUUUGACUAAAUUCCAAAAGCAUAAUGUUGUGCCCAAUUAGACCUGAUUGUAAUGGACUUUUUCUGUAAUCGCUAGUUUUCAUUCCAUGAAUAUUGAGCUGUAUGGAUUUUGUACUGUGUCUUGAACACCUUUCACUUACUUGGCCUCUUAACGAAGUCUGUUGCUUUGCUGUACUUACCAGUGGACCUUAGAAAAUGUGUCGUCAUUAAAGUUUUUUUUUUUAAACCUA